CAAAGUUAUUUGAAGAGACGCCACUACAACAUUCCUUCAACCUCCGCGAUGGACUCUGAGUCCGACGACACGUCCAUCUCCUGGUUUUGUUCCUGGCUCCGACAUAGCCUCGCGACUUGCUCAUCCCCGAGAAGCCCUACCUCACACAAAACCACAGUCCACGCCAAAUGAACACCCCCGCACAGCCAGAGAAGCAACUCUCGGCCGACCACCAACACCAAGCCAGGGACAGUGACCCCGUUGCGCCGCGCCAUCCAUAGAGUGAACCAUAGAUGGUCGUAGCCCCUGCGUGCGCACGGACCGAUGACACAGAUCAUUACGAGUAGCUGGCCAAGGGUGUGGAGUACGAUGUUGAGCGCGAGGAUAACGUAGAAACGUAGUGCUUGCCGGAACGCGAAGGCGACCAGGGCGACGAAUGUGAUGGGGAUCCAGAGGAGGAGGCUGCUCAGCCAGGUGAGUGCAUAGAUCAUGUCGCUGAUGUCUAGACCGCUCUUGAGAAGUGCGAGGUAUUUACGUGCGGCUAUCGUCUCAGGCGUCGGACGUUCGAUAACGCCCAACGUCAAGUCCGGCCCCAACGAGACUCUCCAUGCCAGCUCGGAGAGCUUUUCAUCUGGUUCUCGCCCAAUCCGUAUCUGAUUGCUAGGUCCGGCUAGCAUAACAUAGCAAUUCUCCAUGUUCCAUAUCCUUUUCAGCGGCAGCAGGUCGAGGCUGCCGUCGGCUUCGACUGGUAAGUCUACCCAACAGUCCCCCAGUCCCGCAGGCCACUUGAGCCAUGCUGAGUCGGAACCAGAAUACCUCUUCACCCGUACAAAUCCUUCGGGAGUUGGACCGGGGUGUGGUAGCUCGGGCUGCUUUCCACUCGCAUGCUUUGCGGGACCCUUCGAACCGCACCAAAGGAGGAACACAAGGUUGUGCGCGACCCGUGCGCAGUACCCUGCGUCGAGCGCGACUUCGCGUCCCGUGUGAGCCAGUAUUUGAAAGAUGCGUUUUCUUGAAACGACGUUGUCCCGGCACCAUGACAAGACCCCACAGGGAUCUAUCAUGAAGGCAUAUGCC